UUCAUUUCUAACAUGACAUUACGAAUUAAUGACAACAUGCCAUCUUUAUAGGAGACUAUUAAUACCUCUGCACGUUGUGCUCUUCCAACAGUCAUUUUCAAUCCCAUCCUUCAGCUCAGUCCCAUGUGUUCGAUUCUCCUGAUAGUUACAUUUGCCGUCGCCCUCUUCCUGGCUGCUCCGGGCGAUGGUCUAAUGCGCGUAGUUCUCGACUUUGAUCGCUAUGAAAUGUUCAAUGGGACGGACUUCUUCAACAUGGAAAAGUUUCGCGUACGAAAGUUUAACCGAACGCUAUCCGUGAUGAACGGUACCGGUGUGCUGCUGGUCGAUCUGGAUAAUCGCUAUACGUUUGGAGUAGAUUUCGCACGCAGUGCACAGGGCAACAACCAGUUCCAGGCGUACCCGAUGAAGCUGGCUGCGAAACCGUUCUGUGAGUUUGUCAACUUAUACUAUCGCGAGUAUCAGCACCUGUUUCUGAAGUACACCAACCUACCGUUCGUACCACCGGAAGGGUUGUGUCCAUUUCCGAAUGGUUCAUACUGGGCGAAGGAUGCACACAUCGACUCGUCUGUUAUUCCGCUGGUAGUGCCAGAGGGGCUAUGGCGAUGUACGAUCGAUUUGGUCGAUACAGAGAACGGUUUGUUGGUUUCUCGUGGCUUCAUGUUCGUUCGACUCUCCAAGGAGCUGACUUAGAGCACUACUAAUUUUCUAAAUUGAAAUUUCCUAAAUUAAUUUAUCAAAAUGAGUUUUAUUAUAUAAAUCAAUGUUGCCAGUCUGGUUUUUGCAAAGCAUAUGUUUAUUACAAUUCAAAGUACAAACUGCAAAAAGAAAAUCUAGAUCACAUUAGUGCAAAAGGGUAUGAAAAAUAAAAUUUUCAAUUUUCUAUGCAUUUAAUGUGUAAAUGUAAGAUAACUUACGCUUUGCGAAAAGCUGUUUUUGGACAACAACAAAAAAUGCGAUUUUG